GAAUGUUGGCCACCAGGGCACUCAGCCUCAUUGGCAAGCGAGCCAUUUCCACCUCAGUGUGUGUACGAGCACAUGGGAGUGUUGUGAAGAGUGAGGACUAUGCUCUCCCCAGCUAUGUCGAUCGCCGAGAUUACCCCUUGCCUGAUGUAGCCCAUGUCAGGCAGCUGUCUGCCAGCCAGAAGGCUCUGAAGGAGAAGGAGAAGGCAGCCUGGACUGAUCUGAGCAAGGAUGAGAAAGUCGAGUUGUACCGCAUUCGCUUUAACGAGAGCUUUGCCGAGAUGAACCGAGGCACCAAUGAGUGGAAGACGGUUCUGGGCAUGGCCCUGUUCUUCGUUGGCUUCACGGCGAUUGUUCUGAUCUGGGAAAAGCGCUUUGUGUAUGGCCCUGUCCCGCACACCUUUGAUGAAGACUGGGUGGCCAUGCAGACCAAGAGGAUGCUGGACAUGAAGGUCAGUCCCAUCCAGGGCUUCGCCUCCAAGUGGGACUACGAGAAGAACGACUGGAAGAAGUGAGGCCGCCGCCCAGCGGCUGCACCCCCAGCAGCCCAGCACCUCCGUGGAGCCAGUGCCACGGUCCCGAUGCUAAUAAAUGACGUUUACGCGGAA